AAGACCUGGCGCGAUUGCUGCUGAUGAUGGAGCGCGAAAUAGAAGCGCACAUGGAGCAACAGGCAGAAGAUACGAAUCCAUACGGUCACGGGACCAACCCUUUUCUUGAAGCCGGGGACGACGAGGAUUCGGUAACGUCGCUAGAGCAGGAGGUUGAAGUGGAAGCUGGGGCAAAUCUAGGGGAUGUGACAGGAGGAGGCGCUAUGGCAGCUGCUGUAGAUAGAAGUUCACCGCUAGGCCACAGAGGUGCCACGACCGGCGGGAAUAAUGGACCGAGAGCAAUGCUUGGGAGGACAAACGGGCGCGAGGAAGUUCUGACGAUUUUUCCAAGGAGUAGACGAACCAGCUCUACAGGGGUUCGUGUCGGAAUAAACACUGGCUCGUCACCUGGGGGGCCACGUGCGUCACCUUCAGCGGUGGGUCCGCGCAGUGAGGAGUUACGGCGGAUUUUAUCCGCCUCGCGAUUAGCAGAGAGCCUUUCCGCUGCAGCCGCUUCCGGUGAUACUAGUCGAUCAUUAGCAGAGCUCGCAUUAGCUGAUCAAUUCAGGAAUUCCAACAGUCGGGGACAGCUGGUGGAGGCUCAUAAUGUUGACCAACAAGCAACAGGAACAGCAACGGAUGAUCACAUUGAUGUGUCAGCCGGGUCGCGGUCAGGCCCUGGUGCAGCAGCGUCGGAAUCGGAUGGAGGUCGCAUUUACUACGCGUGGUCGCUCGAUAACGUGGAGAGUGUGGCGCGUAGGAACACUGAAGCGCCGGGACUAGCGUCGCCUAGAAUAGCCAGUGGGUCCGAAGAUAGGGAUAUGUACACCUCAAGCGCUGAAGGAUUGUCUUCUGGCAGUGACGAUGAUUUUAGAAUUGGUGGAACAAGAGGCAGAGGAGGUCCUCGUGUUGAACACGUAGAUGGUCCACGGACAUCGAGUAAUAGUAGAAGCGAGCUCCUCGCUCGCGCCGGCUCCGGAUUGAGAAGUAGGAUUUUUGCGAAUGAUGAUACUCGGGAAGAACAUCAAGCGAACGAGAUGAAUAGAACUAGUUCUUUUGUUUUGGCUUCGGGUGGUUCCGCCUUGUCAAGAACAGGAGAUGUGAAUGACUAUGACAUCGCUGUCGUUUCUUCGCUCGAUGACGACCGUAGAGAAGACUUGGAGUUGGAGAUUAGAGAAGAUGGUCAAGUGGCAACUGCCACACCUGGCACGCUUUUCGUUGGUACCGGCGAAGCUGAUGUAUUAUUAAGUACCGACGGCUUGCACUCUAGUAGUGCUAAUCGAGCAAACCCACAUAGCGAGGAUGGUGAUGAUCAUGCUGUGCCGACAGCUCUCGAGAGCCCACCCCUCAGUCCCGUCGGCAGAAGUCGUCGAUCGCAGCCUGCUUCACCUCAGGUUUCGGCUGGUUUCCGAGCCGCUUCGCAGCAGGCCUCCGGAGAAGGAGUUCGUGGAACAUCACGUAGUUCAUCUUACCGAAACGAGGAUACGG